GGCCUUUAACCUCGCGCCCCUCGGGCGGGCGAGAGGCGGCGAGCUGCGUUUUUCGGGACUCCGGGGUACCUCACUGUCAAUCUUAGCUCUUGUGUCUGCUAAACAUUUACCAUUUUGGAGUUUAAAGUAUGUCAUCAUGGCAAAGUUUCGAAGAAGGACUUGCAUCAUUUUGUCACUUUUUAUUCUAUUUAUUUUCUCCCUGAUGAUGGGUUUAAAAAUGCUGAGACCAAAUAAAGCUACUUUCGGAGAUCCUUUUGGACUUGAACUUCUUCCAGUACUUCAUCAACAAACUCGCUUAGGGAAAAGCUUUGAUUCCCAAAACAAUGACAAAAUCAACAGUGAAACAAAUAACAAGAAUUUAAAAAGUGUUGAAAUCACUAUGAAGCCUUCCAAAGCCUCUGAACCUUACCUGGAAGAGCUGCAACCUCUGAAUUAUUAUUUACAUGUAUUUUAUUACAGUUGGUAUGGAAAUCCACAAUUUGAUGGUAAAUAUAUACAUUGGAACCAUCCAAUCCUGAAGCAUUGGGACCCUAGACUAACCAAGAAUUAUCCACAAGGGAAACACAGUCCCCCGGAUGACAUUGGCUCCAGCUUUUACCCUGAGUUGGGAAUUUACAGCUCUCGGGAUCCUUCUGUCAUUGAAACUCACAUGAAACAAAUGUACUCAGCUUCAAUUGGUGUACUAGCCCUAUCUUGGUACCCACCUGGUACAAAUGAUGAAAAUGGAGAAAAUACUGAUGACUUGGUACCGACUAUUUUGGAUAAAGCUCAUAAAUAUAAUCUGAAGGAAUUCUCUGAGCUUCUUGGAUCUGGAGGUGUUUUCCUUCCUCAGGUCACUUUUCACAUCGAACCAUAUAGCAAUCGAGAUGAUCAAAACAUGUACAAAAAUGUCAAAUAUAUUAUAGACAAAUAUGGAAAUCAUCCGGCCUUUUAUAGGUACAAGACUAAGACCGGCACUGCUCUUCCUAUGUUUUAUAUCUAUGAUUCCUAUAUCACAAAGCCUGAAAAAUGGGCCAAUUUGUUAACCACCACAGGGUCUCAGAGCAUCCGCAAUUCUCCUUAUGAUGCACUGUUUAUUGCACUUCUAGUAGAAAGCAAACAUAGAUAUGAUAUUCUACAAGCUGGUUUUGAUGGAAUUUACACAUAUUUUGCCACAAAUGGCUUUACUUAUGGCUCAUCAUAUGAGAAUUGGGCAAGGAUAAAAUCUUUUUGUGACCAGUUCAACCUACUGUUUAUCCCAAGUGUGGGCCCGGGAUAUAUAGAUACCAGCAUCCGCCCAUGGAAUGCUCAAAACACUCGAAACCGAAUCAGCGGGAAGUACUAUGAAACUGCUCUGGGUGCUGCACUCCAUGCCCACCCCAGUGUGAUUUCUAUCACCUCUUUCAAUGAGUGGCAUGAAGGAACUCAGAUUGAAAAAGCUAUUCCCAAAAGAACCAGUAGUACAGUGUACCUGGAUUACCGGCCUCAUAAACCAAGUCUUUAUCUAGAACUAACUCGCAGGUGGUCUGAAAAAUACAGUAAGGAAAGAGCAACUUAUGCAUUAGAUCAGAAGCUGCCUGUUUCUUAAUGCAUUAAUGAUUAUAGAAAUCACCUAAUUUUAGUAAGUACCUUUUAAGUAUAUACCAGUUGGUAGUUAUCCCCAUAAUAAAAAGAAUUUGUAUUUUUAAAAAAAAUGGUAAUAUCAUCAUUGCCACCCUUCACAAUGCUGCACUGAAAAAAUAUCAGAGAUUAUGCAAAUUACAUUCCCUGUGGCAUAAUAUGCUGAAUUUCUGACUGAAGUUCUACUUUGCUACUAAUUUUUAUUUCACCCAAAAAUGUUUGUGUUACUUAAAUCCUUCUUGUAUUCUGGGCUCAAAGAAAUAGAUUGUGUAUAUUUAAUAUGUCAAAUGAAGAAAAUAAGACCUAGAAGAUAGUGUACAUGUUUCAUUUAGAUUUUUUUCCAAUAAUUCAGUCAUCCAGAGUCUGUUCACUAAUAAAGUCUCCAAUAAAAAUUCUUAAGGAAAAUGAAAUCAUAACUUAAGCCUUACUGUGAAUCACAUUGUGUUAGGAAGGCCUGCUUUCUACAGCACAAUUUUGAUUACUUAUAGCAUGCUAGGUGUUUUGCAUGUCUAAUGUAUCUGCUUUACAGUGCUGAAUUCCAGAUACUAGAAGCUGUGGAAAGUUCUUUCAUGCUUCUCUAUUAAGAAAACAUAGUUGGUUCACAAUUAUGAAGAUAGAAUGCCCAAAAUAUCAGUUUUUGGAUAACCUGUCAAUUUUUAACUUGUUAAUCAGAGACCAACUGUUAGUAUCAACCUUUUUCUUCCGUACCUAUCAUUGGAUUUCCUUAAUAUUUUAAGCUAUUUUUACCAAAAUAAAUAGAGAAAAUUUACUUAGCAUUUUAGGAACAUGGAAACGAAAAUUCUUUUAUAUCUUAAACUUACAAGUCAAACUUCAGGAAUGAAUUUAACACAAUGAUGGCAAUAAUCUCGUUUAAAAGGCAAUAUAUCCCCAUGUAAAAACAUUAUACUUUCAUGGUAUCUAUCAGAUUCAAUACUUGUGAUCAGUUGUCAUAUUGUGACAAAUUAAUCCACCUCUAUGCUAAAAAUAAAUCUCUUUAAUAGAGUAUAUGUUAUCCUUCAGUUCUUAUAGUUAACUAGAACUAUAAAAUAUAUAUAUGCUAUUACAAGAGUAUUAUUUCUUAAAUAUUUAAUUUACUAAAGAGAAGCAAUAUUAAACAAUAAUACAUAUAAAUCUUCAGGUCUUAGAGAUAUUCAUUCAGAAAUAAAGCAACCGUAGAAUUUAUCAUAACAUAGCCCAUCAGGUGAUGAAAUUUAUUUUAGCCAGUGAUUUUGAAGUAAAAAUCUUUUCUUUGAAAAGAGGCAUGAUUAAUGUUAAACUUAUUUAUAACUUAAGAAUUUGCCAUUUCUCAGAGAAUGAUCAGGCCUUGAGAAAUUAGAACAAUAGUAGUAAACUACUUUCUAGAGGAAGUUAUGAGACUAAAUCACUAUAAUGAUAUAACCAAGCCUCUUCAUAGGAACAUUCAUACAGAUAUAACCUGUGGAUUUUUUUUUUCUUAUAUCCAUUUGGCCACUCUAUGUUAUCAUAGGCAUGACACAUUUAGAGUUUAUUCCUAAUAAUCACUUUUACCAUAUUUUAUUAAAUUUGGAGAAAUUACUACUACAGAGGAGUUCUUAUAAUUGCUUAUACUGUAUAUUUGAACCUACCGUGACAGAAAAUUUUAUGAAAUAGUUCUGAGAUUAAGAGAAUAAAAACAAGGUCAACAAAUACUCAAUGCGAAUACUACCACUUUCUAUCUUGCUCCCACUGCAGACAUAGAUAAUCUACUACAGCACUCUUUACCUCUGAAUUUUGUUGUGGUUCCUAACACAUUACUCCAACCAGCCAGUAAUGAUCAGAUUUCAAAGUAAGAUAAAACAAAUUUGUUCUCAAGGGAAGAAUGUUUGUUUGGAAUCUGAACUCAUAAUGGUUUAAGAAUUUAUAAUUAUAUGAAAAUCUGUGUCUUUUUGCCUGUUUUAAAAACUAGGAGGAAUUAUCUCUAAUUUCAUAAAUCUUCCUCAGGUAUUCAUUACAGCUGCCUUUAUCAUUUGACUUUUUAGAUCAUUAUCACAAGUAAAAGCAAAGAACUGAUUGCCUAAUUUAAACUAUCUAGGUGUGAAUUCAAUAAGCUAAAAUAACUGUUAGUGUAGUAUAUGCAGUGUAUGAAUCACAAUUGUUUUAUGGUUUAAUCAGUCUGUUUUGUCUGUAUAGAAAAUCUUUGUUUUAUUGUUCCUCUUAAGGACUAAUAUUGUCAGAAACUGUUGUUAUUAAUGUUUAAGUUGUACGUUAACUAUUUUCUGUUUUAAAAGUAAAAGACUAUUUUGUUAUAUGGAGUAUUUAACUUUCAUUUAAUAAAAGCAUACAUGAAAUAGUGUA